AUGGGUCCCGCCGUCGGUAUCGAUCUGGGUACCACGUACUCGUGCGUGGGCAUCUUCCGCGAGGACAGAUGCGACAUCAUCGCCAACGACCAGGGCAACCGCACCACGCCCUCGUUCGUUGCCUUCACCGACACUGAGCGUCUGAUCGGCGAUGCCGCCAAGAACCAGGUCGCCAUGAACCCUCACAACACCGUCUUCGACGCCAAGCGGUUGAUUGGCCGCAAGUUCGCCGACGCCGAGGUCCAGGCCGACAUGAAGCACUUCCCCUUCAAGGUCAUCGACAAGGCCGGCAAGCCUGCCAUCGAGGUCGAGUUCAAGGGCGAGCAGAAGACCUUCACUCCCGAGGAGAUCUCCUCCAUGGUCCUGACCAAGAUGCGCGAGACCGCCGAGAGCUACCUGGGCACCCAGGUCACCAACGCUGUCGUCACGGUUCCCGCCUACUUCAACGACAGCCAGCGCCAGGCUACCAAGGACGCCGGUCUCAUUGCCGGCCUCAACGUCCUCCGUAUCAUCAACGAGCCUACCGCUGCUGCCAUCGCCUAUGGCCUGGACAAGAAGGUCGAGGGCGAGCGCAACGUCCUGAUCUUCGAUCUUGGUGGUGGUACCUUCGAUGUCUCUCUCCUGACCAUUGAGGAGGGCAUCUUCGAGGUCAAGUCCACUGCUGGUGACACUCACCUGGGUGGCGAGGACUUCGACAACCGUCUCGUCAACCACUUCGUUAAUGAGUUCAAACGCAAGCACAAGAAGGCAAGUAGCGACAGAAACGGGAGAAACGUCGGGAACGAAGGCAACUCGAGUAACGUCGGGAACGUUGGGAACGUCGGGAAUAUCAGGAAUGUCGGGAACGUUGGGAAUGUCGGGAAUGUCGGAAACGACAGACACGACAGGAACGGCAGGAACGGCAGGAACGAUAGGAACGACAGGAACGACGGGAACGACGGGAACUUGAGGAACGCCGGAAACGACAGCGACCCGUCCCCUCAAAUUUUUAAUCCAAAUGCUAACUUUGUACCACAGGACCUGUCCACGAACGCUCGUGCUCUGCGCCGUCUCCGUACUGCCUGCGAGCGUGCCAAGCGCACUCUUUCUUCGUCUGCCCAGACGUCCAUUGAGAUCGACUCCCUGUUCGAGGGUAUCGACUUCUACACCUCCAUCACCCGGGCCCGUUUCGAGGAGCUCUGCCAGGACCUCUUCCGCUCCACCAUCCAGCCCGUCGACCGCGUCCUCAGCGACGCCAAGAUCGACAAGAGCCAGGUCCACGAGAUCGUCCUCGUCGGCGGCUCCACCCGUAUCCCCCGCAUCCAGAAGCUCAUUACCGACUACUUCAACGGCAAGGAGCCCAACAAGUCCAUCAACCCCGAUGAGGCUGUUGCCUACGGCGCUGCCGUCCAGGCUGCCAUCCUGUCUGGCGACACUUCCUCCAAGUCGACCAACGAGAUCCUGCUUCUCGACGUCGCGCCUCUGUCUCUCGGUAUCGAGACCGCUGGUGGCAUGAUGACCAAGCUCAUUCCCCGCAACACUACCAUCCCCACCAAGAAGUCCGAGGUCUUCUCCACCUUCUCCGACAACCAGCCUGGUGUGCUCAUCCAGGUCUACGAGGGUGAGCGCCAGCGCACCAAGGACAACAACCUGAUGGGCAAGUUCGAGCUCACUGGCAUCCCCCCUGCCCCUCGUGGUGUUCCCCAGAUCGAGGUCACCUUCGACCUUGACGCCAACGGCAUCAUGAACGUCUCCGCCGUCGAGAAGGGCACUGGCAAGUCCAACAAGAUCGUCAUUACCAACGACAAGGGCCGCCUGUCCAAGGAGGAGAUUGAGCGCAUGCUGGCUGAUGCCGAGAAGUACAAGGACGAGGAUGAGGCUGAGGGCCGCCGUGUCGCUGCCAAGAACGGCCUCGAGUCGUACGCGUACUCCCUGCGCAACACCCUGUCUGACCCUAAGGUCGACGAGAAGAUUGAGGCUGCCGACAAGGAGACCCUCAAGACCGAGAUCGACAAGAUCGUUGCUUGGCUCGACGACAGCCAGCAGGCCACCCGCGAGGAGUACGAGGAGCAUCAGAAGGAGCUUGAGGCUAUUGCCAACCCCAUCAUGAUGAAGUUCUACGGCUCUGAGGGUGGUGCCCCUGGCGGCAUGCCCGGUGGCGCUCCCGGCGGCUUCCCUGGCGCCGGUGGCCCCCCUGGCGGCGCUGGCGGCGAUGACGGCCCCACUGUCGAGGAGGUCGACUAA